AAAGAUAGUUAUGUAUACUGCACAUGUAUAUAUCUAUCCAUAUAAUAAAUAUGUUAUGCGUGUAUGCACGUUAUGUAUGCCAGUGUCUGGUUUGUCAGUAUAUACGGUAUUAUAUUUACUUUCUCCUUUUUUGUUUUGUUAUCAAAGUUAAGCCAUCGCAACAAUUUACGACCGCCUUGUAUACGUUUUAUAACUGUUUAAUUAGCAGCAAUUUUACGACUAGGUUUUAUUGUUUAAACGUGAGUGUAGAUAAGACAAGGUGGCUAAUCAUAGAGAACAACAGUACACAACAAAGGCGUGUUGUAAAUGUCGUUAGUGGAAAUUGAUAUUUGAGCAAAUAGGGCGCUGUCUUCAUUAGACUUUGCACUUUUCUCUUUAUAUAUUAUUUUUUUUAACGCGGUGGAAAAUUUCUCUCCUAGUACUUUUUUUCCUUUUUUUUUAUCUAUUAUUCUAUCUUUCUAUCUAUCCCUAUAUCAUACUACUCUACUACUACUACUAUGUUUUACUAUAAAUCAUAUAGAGCUUUCCUCCUUUUUUUUCUCUUGCUUGCUCGCUCUCUCUCUCUCUGUCUCGCUCAAACGCUUUCCUUCUCUCUUUCUAUAUCUGUCUGUCUGCCUGUCUGUCUAUCUGUCUGUCUGUCAUUUGUUUUUCUAACUAUUAUUUCAUUAUUUCAUAUAAUACUUUCAUUUAAAAUCAACUAUCUAAUCUCUCUCUCUCUCUCUCUCUCUCUUACUCAUCUUCUCCCUUUUAAUAAAAAAAAACAAGUUAUUUAUCGCCUUUCGUCCUUAAAAAUCCAAUUCGUUCCUCUCUAUCAGCCAAUCCAUCUCUUCCUCCCUCUACCACAUACCUUUAAUUUUUCUAUCUCAAUCUCAUUUCUUUAAAUAUAUCUAUCUCUGUCUUUCACUCCUCAUCCAUCUCUUAUUCUUUUUCCAUCUUUUCAUAAAAAAAUUCAUCAUCAUUCUUUUUUUUCUUUUUUUUUUUUUUACAGUUUCUACGUGAGUAAUCUAUAAGUAAUCUCGUAUUGUCCUGUGCCCUGCACCUGUGUCUAUGAUUCUUUGUUCUCUUACGUAUUCGUGCUUUAAUUACGUGUGUAGCACGCGUUAGUGUCGAAUUUCACGCGCGUUUGAAGUUUGUCUUUUUUUUCUCCCCAAAACGCUAAACAGUUUACCAUGACGUGACGCGCGCACUAGAAGAAGGAAGAAGAGGACGAUAUCAUUAUAAACACAAAUAUAUAUUUAUAUAUAUAUAUAUAUCUAUAUAUAUAUAUAUAUAUCUAUAUAAACGCACAACUAACGAAGACGAGGAUAAAAGAACUUAAUAGGAAGAAUAAGUGAAAGAAACCAACAAAAACAACAAAGGAAAAUAUUAUAUUAAAAUUUUCUGGAAAAAAAAAACAGAGGAUAAUGGAGGUUUAUACGAAUGGUGAAAUUAAUGGACAUGACGAAUUUGAUGAAGAGGAUGGCGAACCGUUCGAUGCAACCAUAAUCUAUAAUCCGGAUGGUUCUGCUUACAUAAUUGAGGCGGACGAUGAUGAUGAUGAAGACCUUCUUCAAUUGCCAAAGCAGGAUGGUAGCAUUAUCGUUAAAAAGAAAGCUCCUUUGCCGGAUGAUGACGUCUCCAUUCCGCAAAUCGCUUCCGCUCUUUUCCUCCACAGGUCGAACACCACAUUAUAUAAUACGCUAUUCUCCCGUAGGACACCUCCGCCGACGCCUACUAUGCAUUCAUACCGUGUUUAUGACGUUCGGCAUCCUCCUCCAAGAAUAGACAACAGAACAACUAACCUUCCUAACGUACCGGUAACGGUGCCAACUAGGCCUAUCCUAAUGUGCUUCAUAUGUAAAAUGUCGUUCGGCGUGAGCAAGUCGUUUAUCAGUCACGCGAUCGGCGAACACUCUAUGGACUUGCUACAAGCCGAGGAGGAUAUUCUGUCACAAACCAAUUCGUCCGCCAUUAUACAGGCGGUCGGAAAGGACAAAACUCCCUUAAUGUCCUUUUUGGAACCUUACUUUCCGCCACCUCCCCCAUCAACAUCUCCUAUAAGCGAUGUUGAAUCAUCAGCCUCAUCUGCCAAUUCACCACCGCCCUCAGCGGCGGUUACUUCGCGUGCCAUGCCACCUCUGUUAGCCGCCGCAGCGGUAGCCAGCUUCCCGCCUCCAAUGCCUCCGCCUCCAUCGAUGGCCGCAAUUGACCUGGCUACCUUAUCGCCAUCGAGGAGUUCAUGCAAGACGCUCAAGUGUCCCAAGUGCAACUGGCACUACAAGUAUCAGGAGACACUGGAAAUUCAUAUGAAGGAAAAGCAUCCAGCCGACGGCGAGUCGUCGUCGUGCGUCUAUUGCGUCACUAAAGCCGCUCAUCCGCGUUUAGCUAGAGGCGAAGCUUACACUUGCGGCUAUAAACCGUACAGAUGCGAAGUUUGCAAUUAUUCGACGACUACAAAGGGAAACCUUUCGAUUCACAUGCAAAGUGAUAAGCACAUCAAUAACAUGCAGGACUUACAAAAUGGUUCAACUCCGGCACCUCCACCAACUACCGCACCGUCAGCCCCACCCACACCCCCUUCUUCUCUGGCCACAUCAUCUACGACAAACCAAGCAACUUCUUCGAAUCAAAGUUCAGAGAAGAAUAAAUCAAAGCCAGUUUGGAGGUGCGAUGUCUGCCAGUAUGAGACCAACGUCGCUAGGAAUCUUAGAAUUCACAUGACGUCCGAAAAGCACACACAUAAUAUGAUGAUGCUGCAGCAAUCAAUGCGUAUGGCCCUGCCUCCUCUCCUUUUUCCGCCCACUACAGACCCCUAUUACUCAACUCCCCUUUUAGCCUCAACGACGGCCAUGGUUGAACCAUUACCGGACGUAUUCGAAUGCUGUGUCUGCAAUGUUUUUGCAACUGACAGCGUCGAAAGCUUACACGGUCACAUGCAAUUGGAUAGAACAAGGGUUAAUGGCGCUGAUGCUGAAUUUGUAAGCGUCGUUGCAGGCCAACACACCUGCUCCCUUUGUUCUUACAAGACGCCGCUUAAGGCCAACUUCCAACUGCAUUCGAAAACCGACAAACACGUUCAACGGCUUCAGUUAGCCCUACAUGUCCGAGAAGGAGGUCCGGAAAAUGCCUGGAGAGGCAAGUACGUCAACGUAUCUAAUCCGGUACAAGUCCGAUGUUCAGCCUGUGACUUCUAUACUAAUUCAUUACAUAAAUUGCACGCCCAUUCUAUGACACCCGCCCAUGGGGCGGCAGUACGAAUUCUACAGCAUGUUCAAAUGGCUGAAAGUCAUGUGCCGGCCGACAAACGACUCUACGUUUGCCCAGUUUGUUCCUAUUCAACAAGAUCUAAGAAUAAAAUACUACAGCAUUCCCGAACUCCUCAACAUGCUUCUAAUUUACAAGGCAGAUCGGAGGACGAAUUGGGUAGUGUUUUACGAGUUCGCCAAGCGGAUGACAACAAUACAGAUCGGGAAUCUCAAGAAGAAUGUACGCCACCUGGCGACGAUAGAGACAAAGAUAACAACGACGGAGGCCUAACGAGCUACGAGAACGAAGUGGUCAAUGAAGACGGAAUGCGACCGCGGACUGAAGAAGAGGACGAGGAAGGAGUUAUCGAAGCUCUAGAGGCGGCCGAACAAGCAACAAAGGAAGGCGUUACGGUCGACGAGCAGGACGAAGAUGAUUGCAAAUGUCAUACGUGUUCCAAUACGUUUCCGACGCUCGACGCCCUCUACAAUCACCAAAACGAAUUGGGCCAUUUGGAACUGAAGCAGACACCUAGGGGUCCUGGCUACCUGUGCUGGAAGAAGUCGUGCAAUCAGUAUUUCUCAACCGCUAACGCUCUACAGGUCCAUUAUAGGGAAAUUCACGCCACACCCACCGCCCAAAACUCUUCGACCAGUAGGCGUCACGCCUAUAAAUUCCGAUGUUCCCGAUGUUCCUUGGCGUUCGUUACUAGGGAUAAACUACAACUUCAUCACACUUAUCACGUGAUUAGAGCAGCAACUAGGUGCCCUGUUUGCGACAAGAACUUCCGUAGUAUAGGCGCCUUGCGCAAGCACGUUGAUAACAGUCAUUUAGAUAAGAUGAGUGACGAAGAGAUAGCAAAGUAUCGGGCCACUAUAGCUGAAGUCGCCCCGCUAAUCGGUUUGAAAUUAACCGACGAUCCGUCGGCUAAUAACGAGGAUAUCAACGCCAAUUCAGUUAUUACGCAAGACGCCUCCUAUUCGGAUCCUGCUUGUAAGUACAAGUGCCACCGAUGCAGAGUCGGCUACGCACGCCAAUCGGCGCUCGUAGAACACAAUAAGAGUGCAGAACACAAGCGUUCAAAUAGUUCAGUUUCUACAACUUCCGGUAGUAGUACGCCGACUUUGGCGACUACGGCUACUACUACUACUAUAACCGGUACUACUCAAGAAUCCGAGUCUUCCGCCGAUGAAAAAUUUAACGAUCCGUCAAAACCGUUCAAGUGCCAUGUCUGUGUGGAAGCCUUCGCGCAGAGGAACAAUUUGGAGGUGCACGAAGGUUCCAAUUCGCACAAACAGCGUGUAAAGGAGGAGGAGAGCGGGAGCGAACCUCCUAUUGCCCCUCUUGGCUGGAACUUCAACGAUCCGAAUAAACCUUACAGAUGUAAUUUGUGCAAAGUAUCAUUCGCCAAUUCGCCAAAUUUUGACAUACACAAGAGAUCCGUGCUUCAUAUGAAGCACAUCUCCAGAUUACCUGAUUACAUUAAUCGAAACUGCUGGCAAAGCGACGAUGUCGUAUUGGAAACGCCUGAUGGUAAAAUAUCUGCCGAAGAUCUUAUAGAAUCAUCGACAAAUACCAUAAAAAAGGAAGAACAGAUAUCUUCACCCCUUCCAUCUACCCUUCCAACUGCUAAUCCAACGGCCACUUCUCUUCCAUCAACUGUUAUACCAAAUCAGAAUGCUAUUUCUGGUAUAAAUACAGGGAACAACGACGAAAUCAACCUAAAAAUGGCUGUUGCUAAGAAGAGAAAGGACUGCCUAGAGAACAAGGAAAACAAUACUCCCAAAGCUUUCACGUGUUCCCGGUGUUCGUCUGUUUUUAAGACGGCAGAUAGCUUGGAAAAGCACGAAGGCGGCGAAUGUCUUGGGCCACCAAUAGUGAAAUUGGGCCGAGUAAAGCCGGCCUUACAACGUCAUCUCCUCGAAUCAUUUGGCUUCGAAUGUGUCAUGCAGUACAAUGAAAAUCAGAAGAGGGAGGUUCUAAAACCUUGCCCAGAUGAGGAGACUGUUGGUAAGAAACCACCAGAAUUACUAGAAAAAAGAACAUGUUCAAAAUGCAAUAAGAACUUUUCCUCCGUUUGGGUGCUAAAAGCGCACGAAGAAGAAAUUCACGAGAAUCUAGUUCCACACGAUAUUGUUCAAAAAGUGGCAACUAAAUUUAGGUCGGAUUAUGAUAAGAAACAACCGUCUUCCUCUAUGCCGAAUGAAAAUCGAUCUUCCGGAACGCCUACUCCCACCGCCCUACAAGAGGAGAAGAUUCUAACAUCAACUAGUUCUUCCGGGUUUUCUCAGGCGUCGAUUAAGGAUGAGAUGCCCAACGUUAGCUGCACUGAUAUAGCUAGCCAAAUGAUGCAGAUGCCUAUGCUUAUGCCAUUUGCAGGAAUGCCCUUAUUUAUGCCACCAAUUUUACCUUAUCCUGGUAUGGAAUUGGCCUAUGCUGCUGGUUUGGGGCCGACCUCGAACGCUGCGGCCAUCUUCGAUCCGUCUUCAAACGCCAAGCAGCAAGCGGCCGCCGCCCAACUGGCGACUUCUAAUCCGAAACGGGCGCGAACCCGCAUUAACGACGAUCAAUUAAAAAUACUCAGAGCUCAUUUCGACAUUAAUAACUCGCCAACCGAGGCGCAAAUCGAACGAAUGUCUAGAGAAUCCGGAUUACCGCCCAAAGUGAUUAAGCACUGGUUUCGUAACACGCUCUUUAAAGAACGACAGCGUAAUAAGGAUUCACCAUAUAAUUUUAACAAUCCUCCUUCAACAACCCUGGAUUUGGCUGAAUAUGAAAAAACUGGAAAAAUCAAGAGUGAGGCUACAGCUAAGAAUGAACAUUUAGCAAAUAGUGAAAAUAUGAAAUCGAUCGAGAAGGACAUUGAUUCUCAAGCUGAUGUAGAAUCGGUAGCUUCAUUUUCGGAGAGCGCUGUCAGUUCGGCGCCGUCUACCCCCGUUCCACCACAACCAUCAAACGAAAUUAUGAACGCGUUAACUCAAGCCAAUAUAGCUAAGGCAAUGGCGCCUUUGACACCGGAAAUGCUUAUGCAAGUUACUAGUAUGACGUCUCAGGAUGGUACAAUCCCUGGUUCGAGUACAACUCCUAAAAGAGCUAAUAGAACAAGGAAUCAUUUCUCAUACAGAUUUACUGAUCAUCAAGUAAAAACCCUUCAAGAAUACUUUGAGCAAAACGCCUAUCCAAAGGACGACGAAUUGGAACACCUGUCCAAGACUCUUCAACUAUCGCCUCGGGUUAUUGUCGUCUGGUUCCAAAACGCUCGACAGAAGGCGCGCAAGAGUUACGAAAAUCAACCACCUUCGUCGUCGGAAAAGAACGCCACUAAUAGCCAUUCUUCAUCUUCAAAUGAGGAUGAGCGUUACAUAAAAACUCCAGGCUCCAAUUAUCAAUGUAAAAGAUGCUCAACGGUAUUCCAACGCUAUUACGAACUAAUUAAACACCAGAAAAGCGUUUGCUUUAAAGAGGAAGAGACACCAUUAUCAAGUUGCAAUAAUAGCAAUGACGGAACUAGUUCAUCACCUCCCUCUAAGGCUGAUGUGAGUUCGUCAUCCAACGGCAGAGAUCAACUACAACAACAACAAUCGCAACCACAACAAAAGGUUUACGAUUGCGAAAAAUGUUCACAAUCAUUCGGAGACACUGAAUCGUGGAGGGAGCAUCAAGCUCUCCAUAUAGCUACACCUGUCUUUACACCAGCUUCUUUCGAUUCGGCAUUCGCUAUUUUACAAAACGUUGCGAAACACGCCGAAGCAAAACAAUCCAAAAGGAAAAGUGACGACGAUCAAGACUCAAAUAAUAGCGGUGAAAGUUGCCCUUCUAGGGAUAAACGUCUACGAACAACAAUUUUACCGGAACAGUUGGAUUAUCUCUAUCAGAAAUACCAGGCGGACAGUAAUCCGUCUAGGAAACAGUUGGAAUCGAUUGCCGACGAAGUGGGCUUGAAGAAACGAGUUGUACAAGUUUGGUUCCAGAAUACGCGAGCCCGCGAAAGAAAAGCUCUGAAGGACAAAGAAUCGCCAACGCCAGCAUUGGAUAUGACCAAGCUUUUAUCUAAUCCGUACAACGUUCCAUCGAAUCCUGUACUAUUCCCACCUAGCCAAGCGGCAUCUUUUAAGAAAAUGUAUGAGGAACAUUUAAACAAAUUUAUAACGGAAGCAUCACCCGCCGCGACAAUAUCGUCUGGUGUUGGGACGUCGACACCUUCGUCAACUUCAACGCCAUCGGCUCAGACACCUAUCAGCGCGUCGUCUAAAGUUGACCGCCGGAAAUCGGCAACACCUCAGAGGGCUAUCCCAACAGUUCCAACUGUUUUAGAGGACCCUUCCGCUCCUUUGGAUCUUAGCGCUAGGGCACCAUCAAUUCCUGCUUCACAAAUUACACCUAUAAGGCAUUACGAUGAUGAUAAUAGAUCGGAAACGUAUAGCGAGAGUACAACGGAUGGUGUUGAUUUUAUGGACGAAGCAUCAAAUCCGUCGUCACCACCAAGUUCACAUAUGGCACAUGGGCAUGGGGGCUCAAGUGGCGGUCUAUCAGGAGGCUCGCAUCGACCCGCUAAAAGAUACAGGACCCAGAUGACCUCGUUACAAAUAGGCGUCAUGAAAUCGCUAUUUGAUUGGUAUAGAACGCCUUCUAUGUCGGAAUGCGAACUAUUAGGAUCCGAGAUUUCCCUGCCUAAAAGAGUUGUUCAAGUCUGGUUCCAAAAUGCCAGAGCUAAGGAGAAGAAAGCUCGUCUAGCUCAGGGUCAACCAGUUGACGAGCCGCCAAGAACACCGGACUCGUGCAGCCUUUGCAAUUUUACGUUCACCCACAACUACAGCGUUCAAGAUCAUAUUUUCACUAAACGUCAUAUACAGAACGCUAUGAAUCAUAUGCGAAAACAAUUGGAAAGCGAAGGUGUCCGUGACACGUCGUUACCUAAGGUCGAAACGCCAACAGGAAGUACCAAUGCUCGAAGCAAACCCUCGAAAUUGGAGAUGGGCGAUAACGAAAAAAGCAGACGGACCGGAAAUACAAGCGGAACAGGUGGAACCUCGCCCUUGGUUUCUGCCGGUUUAAACGCCCAAAUGAUGUCGAUGUUAGGAAUGCCCGGAUCCGACCUAAUGAUGCCCUUGUUUUUACCAAGUAGUGCUCCCGGGUUUCCCUUAACUGCUGGAGGUCUAGCGCCUUUUAUGUCCGGUUUAGCGCCUGGUAAGUGAAUAACGAAAGGGAAAUUGUUCUUCGGAUAGGCAGAUAGAGUUAGGGGGUUGAGGAAGACGAAGAAAAAAAAAAGCGAACCUGAUAUAAGCAAGAAACGCAUUGACACUUUGAUGAAUGUACAUUAAAAGUGACAAUUCAGACUGUGCUGGUACUCAGCUGGCGUGCUUUAUGCGAGCGAACGUAGGCUUAAAUUACGGCGCCUUUGUCGAUUUCUAAAUUACGCGCGCCGGCUCGCCUAUAUUAAGGCUCGACGCUUUUGUUCAACGUUCGCUUAAUUGCCGUAUAAACGGUAUGAAGCGGCGGCCGUAUAAUUACAACCGCUCCUCACCUACUCCCUAUUUCUCUCUUGUAUAUUAAUAUACGCCUCGUACAGACGCCGUGUAUCGACAAUGUAUAGAGUUGUUAUUUUUUUAGCUUGUAAUUCAUAAAGAUUGCCCAACGUUGACUUAUUUGCAUUAGAAUACUAGUCUGAAUGGAGUAAAUUUAGACUAAACAUAUAUUUAUAUAUAUAUUCAAUAAAUAUGUAUAUCAUAUAUGUAAUAAAUGAUAAUAGAUUUACUGUAUAUGCUUUAUGCAUUAAAAGUGUGUAAUCUACAAUUUAUUUAGAUAUUUGGGUACUGUAUACAUUCAUAUAUAUAUAGUUAUAUAUUUUUAUAUAUAUAUGUACUGUAUAUAUAUAUAUAUCAAUAUAAAAAGAGAGACUAAAGAGCCGCCGGCGUCUCUAUAGUCAUUAAGAGUAAAGGACGCAAUUAAGGUCUCAAACAAAAGCUCUAUUCUAUCCAUUGAUUACUUUUUACGCUGCAGGUGACUUGAUGUACGACCCUACAAGGUUCGGUACGCCUUUGCAAAUGCUUCAAAUACCGCAAGCGGCCAUUAGCAAGGUUCAAAAGCAGUUAAAUACCGCCAAUGCAACGUCGGCCUAUUAUACACAGGAUUGCAGUAGUAUAAAGGAAGUUAGCGAACAAGUAGGCGACGAUGUCGUCGCGCCCUCUUCCGUGGACGUUGGUUACAUUUGCCGAAAGUGUCAAAUGGUGUAUCCGGCGAAGGAGGGAUGCCUUCAACACCAAUCUUCAAGCUGCUACGCCGGUCAUACACCGAAAGCAGAGCAUAUGCUGAAACUGGAACAGAGACUUUACAAGUGCGUCGUCUGUUCGGAUAAGUUGCCAACUAAGAAAGAUUUUCUUCGCCAUUGCACUUCCGAAUCGCAUAAGACGCAGGCACCACCUAGUGCGAAAAAGAUUAAGUUGAACAAUUAGAUCUGAUCGCCGAGCGAUGAUUAUGUACAUAUCGAACAGAACAAAAAAACCGUAGUCCAGAUUUGUAUAUGUUUAGAAGCAGGAAAAGAACGUUAUAUCAUAUGUAUAUAUACAUUGUAUGCGUAUGCAUGUAUGUGUACAAAUAUGUAUAUAUAUAUAUAUGUAUA